ACCAAACGGAGUGGUGCAUUGGAUUUGGGAGGAUUUCCUGUAGUGUAUCCAAAUAAAAUAAAAGGGUUUCAGUGCGUACAAAAUUCACUGUGGUGUAUCCUGAUGACCGGCAAAUGGAUGGCAAUCUUGAGUGGGAGGAUUUCCUUCCAUUUUAAAGCUUAGGAUCCCACUCCAUUUUAAACAACAAUGCUGAAACUCAAACCAACACGUUUGUUGAAACAACACUUCGCCUCUCCUCACCAUCAGCUCUUGUUUUAUUCAACUUCUAACUACCUUAACUGUCACUUAGACUCCUUCCUCUCCAGCAAAGCUGCCUCUUCAACUGUCAAAUCCCUUCUUCAAUCCCAUGCUCUCGUUAUCACCAGCGGCAACUCAAACGAUAACAUUUUCAUUGCCUCAAAGCUCAUCUCUUUGUAUGCCUUUUUCAACAAACCCCAUUGUUCCACCAAGGUUUUUGAUUCACUUCGCAUUCCGAAAAACGAUGUUUUCCUUUGGAAUUCAGUUAUCAAAUCCCAUUUCUCCAAUGGGAACUACUCUGAAUCCUUUGCCUAUUACCUUAAGAUGAGGUUGUCUAAUACCCUGCCUAAUGAUUUCACUGUUCCCAUGGUUGUUUCCGCUUGUGCUGAGCUGAGGUGGGACGUUUGUGGGAGAUAUGUUCAUGGGUUGGUCUUGAAAUCUAGCCUUUUCGUGUUGAGUUCGGCCGUCGGGUCUUCCUUUGUUUUUAUGUAUGCGAAGUGUGGUUCAAUGGGGGAUGCUCAUCUUGUGUUUGAUGAAAUGAUUGUUAAAGAUGUGGUUGCUUGGACGGCUCUUGUAAUUGGGUGCGUGCAAAAUGGGCAGAGUGAGAAGGGUUUGGAAUGUCUUCGUGAUAUGCAGAGAGUUGCCGAGGAUGGUGAUACAAGGCCAAAUUUUAGGACUUUGGAAGGUGGCUUUCAGGCUUGCGCAAAUCUGUGCGCUUUGGAUGAGGGGAAGUGUUUACAUGGUUUUGUGGUGAAAACUGGACUUGGAUUUAAUCCACUUGUACAAUCUUCAAUAUUGUCUAUGUAUUCUAGGUGUGGGAGUGUUGGGGAUUCAUAUGCUUCAUUUUCUGAAGUUGUUGAUAAAGAUGUUAUCUCAUGGACUUCAAUCAUUAGCGUGAAUGCUAGAUUUGGACUUAUGAAGGAAUGCUUAGAUAUAUUUUGGGAAAUGCAAGUUGAUGGUUUAUGUGCAGAUGGAAUUUUGAUUAGUUCUAUGGUAUUGGGUUUCGGAAAUUUCAUGAGUGUAUGUGAGGGAAAGGCUUUUCAUGGGCUAAUCAUAAGGAGGAAUUUUUUGUUAGAUCAGCUGGUUCAUAAUGCACUUUUAUCAAUGUACUGCAAGUUUAGAAUCCUAUCUAUGGCAGAGAAGCUCUUCAUAAGGAUACCUAACCAUAGCAUAGAGUCAUGGAAUAUAAUGGUUCAUGGAUAUUGUAAGAUGGGACAAGAAGCAAAAGCUAUAGAAUUGUUUAGGAAGAUGCAACAACUUGGCAUUGAGGUUGAUUCAAACAGUCUGGUCUCUGUUAUCAUUUCAUGUUCUCAGCUAGGAGCAAUCCGUAUCGGCCGCUCACUUCAUUGCCAGAUAGUUAGAAGUUACAUGGCUGACAACACUUCAAUUGCUAAUUCUCUCAUAGAUAUGUAUGGAAAAGUGGGAAACUUAACUGUUGCAUGGAGGAUAUUUAAUAAAACACAAAGAGAUGUUAUCACAUGGAACACAAUGAUGUCAGCGUAUACUUGUUGUGGACAUUUUUCUGAGGCUAUUGCCUUAUUUGAUCAAAUGCUUUUGGGAAACUUAAUGCCCAACUUGGCAACAUUGUUAACUGUUGUUUCAGCUUGUUCUCAUCUAGCAUCAUGGGAGAAAGGGGAAAGGAUUCAUUGUUACAUCAAGGAAGGAGGAUAUGAGCUCUGUCAAUCUCUUGUUACUGCAUUGAUUGACAUGUAUGCUAAGUGUGGGCAAAUAGAGAAAUCGAGGGAGUUAUUCAUGUUAAUUGAGAAGAAGGAUGUAGUUUCUUGGAAUGUAAUGAUUUCAGGUUAUGCAAUGCAUGGAGAUGCAAAAUCAGCACUUCAGAUUUUCCAGCAGAUGGAAGAAUCAAAGGCUAAACCAAACGAUCUUACCUUUCUUUCUCUUCUCAAUGCUUGUGCUCAUGCAGGCCUUGUUGAAGAAGGGAAGUUUCUAUUCAGUAGAAUGGAACAUUAUUCUAUAAAGCCAAAUUUGAAGCAUUAUGCUUGCAUGACGGACCUUCUUGGCCGAUCAGGUAAUCUUCAGGAAGCUGAAGCCCUGGUUAUGUCAAUGCCCAUCUCUCCUGAUGGGGGUGUUUGGGGAGCUCUGUUAAGUUCUUGUCUUGUUCACAAUGAAACUGAGAUGGGGAUAAGGAUAGCAAAGCGUGCUAUCGAUUCUGAUCCUGAGAAUGAUGGGUACUAUAUUUUGAUUUCCAACAUGUAUAGUUCUAUGGGAUGGUGGGAGGAGGCAGAGCGGGCCAGAGAAAUGAUGAAGGAAAGGGAUGUAGGAAAAAAAGCUGGUUGGAGUGCAAUGUAAUAUAAAGAAUAUGAGAUCGAUUUUGGUUCAGAAAUUUCUCGUGUCCCUGAAAAAAUGUGGGCUUCCAGGAUCCACCUAUGUUUCAGCAGAGAACAUAUGGUUUUAUUUCUUCAGGACUGAUGCUUGCUUCACCUAAAGAAUGAGGCUGAAACUGCAGUAUACCUGUUUUAAGUAAUUGGUACGGUUUAGAAACGAGGACUUCUCAGAUCUGUGAAUUGUGCAGUGGGAAAACAUAUGGCUUGAUGGGUUCAGGAUCUCUGCUUUACCCGAGGAAUGAGGCUGCACUACAUAAUGCUAGCAUUGUUUUCAGAUGGAAGUCUAUGUUCGUUGGGGAUUUCAUGUUUCAUGGCAUUGGGAGAUAAAAUUGUUUCAUCGGUGUUCUGGUAUCGAGUUCAUUGCUUUCGUUCUGUAUUGCCAGCUUCACAAGGUACAGAAAUAUUCUUGUUUGACAUUUAUGCGCCUAUCAAACAUGAAUACAAUGCACUUGUUCAUUUUGACAUAUGUGAAAGUUUCUUGGCCGGUUAAGAAAUUUUAUUUCCAAAGUUUAAUUGAUCCCAAUAA